AUGGCGGAUGAUGAAGUCGACAACGACGGCGGCGUACAUGCGACCCUCCAUCUUUGGUGGUUGUUGCAUAGGGUUGUGGCCACCCCUGGCUCUCACGACAACGGGAAAAGCGCGACAUCCCCGCCUCCUGGCAAGGUACGCAGUACGCACUCUCCCCAUCCUCUCAUCACUACCCGAUCCCCCUCAUCAUGCCUCGCUCUCCCCCAACCCCACCCCCGCCGCCGCCGCCCCCCGCCGGAUACCGUGGACGUCGAGUCCGACUUCGUCGUCAUCCUCGCCGUCCUCCUCUGCGCCCUGAUCUGCGCCGUCGGCCUCGUCGCCGUCGCCCGCUGCGCCUGGCUCCGGCGCUACCCCCGCCUCCGCCUCCGCCCGCCACCGCCGCCGCCGCCGCCGUGGCGUCCCGGCCUCCCCGCGGCCAACAGGGGCCUCAAGAAGAAGGCGCUGCAGUCGCUGCCCAAGAUCGUGUACGGCCCCGGAGAGGCGGGCGCCGCCGCAGCCGCAGCCGCCGCCGGAGCAGCCGGCAGGCUCCCGGUGGAGUGCGCCAUUUGCCUCGCCGAGUUCGCGGAGGGGGACGAGGUGCGGCUCCUGCCCCAGUGCGGCCACGGGUUCCACGUGGGCUGCAUUGACCCGUGGCUGGGGUCCCACUCGUCGUGCCCGUCGUGCCGGCAGAUCCUGGUCGUGGCGCGGUGCCAGAAGUGCGGCCAGUUCCCGGCGGUCCCCGCCGCCGGGGCGGAGGUUCAGCUCAAGGCCAGGGAAGACGGCGGGAACAGCAACAGCUUCUUGCCUUGAGGAGAAACGAUGGGGUCUUCUUCAUCUUCUUCUUCGUCGUCAUCUUCUGUCAUCUUGAUUUUCUCUUCUGCUAUUUCAGGGGCUGGUCAGGGUUGACCUUGGUCAAUGAGUUUGUACAAGUGAUCAAGAAAGUUAGGAACAGGGGGUUUUCAAUAAGGGAUUUUUGUUAGGCCAGUACACACUCAUUGACACGUUUGAAAGAACAAAAUUUUAUAUACACAUAUUGCGUAUUCAA